AUGUUUUCGGCGUUGAAGUUAGUAUUGAGAUCUGAUUUUUAUAAAUGCCUCACAAAAUUAAAACCAGGAUAUAGCAUUAAACUUACUAGAUACUCAACUGGUAGCGACGAUGAUAUAAAAUUCAACUUCAACUCGGAAUGUGAGGAACAAAUAAAUCAACAGAUAAAUCAGGAGCUUUACGCGAGUUAUGCUUAUUUGACAAUGGCCUACCAUUUCGAACACCCUGCUGUAGCCCUACCAGGUUUCUUUACUAUGUAUCUGUUCUUUUCAAAAGAAGAAACAGAACAUGCGACAAAACUGAUUGAAUUUCAGAAUAAACGUGGAGGAAACGUUCAUUAUAAUGAUAUAGUCGCCCUCGAGAAUUGUGAAUGGACUCCUGAAUCGUCAGUAAUUAAAGCAAUCGAGUUGGAAAGAAGUGUUACUUCAAACUUACUGGUCUUGCAUGAAAAAGGCUCAAAACACAAUGAUUGUCACUUAUGUAAUUUUGUGGAAGAUGAAUAUAUUCAGGAACAAUACACAGCAUUAAAAGAUUUAUAUACUCUACUCACAAAAAUAAAGCGAUUGAAAGAUACAAUAGGUAUUCAAAUCAUCGAUGAGCACUUAUACAAUAAAUUCAAAAAUAAAAAGAUUUAA